ACCUCGUCUUCUCCCACCUAGCCGAACCGGUAGCCGCUCCCGCGAGCUCGCCUCGCAGUCGCACCCACCCGUCGGUUUGGCACGCCGCCGCGCCGGAGAUGGACGCCGUGCUACUCCCCCUCCUCCUCGGCGGAGGACUCUCCGUAUCCGCCUCCACCGCCGCCCGAACCGUCUCGAUCCCUCACCUCUCGCCGUCCGCCCUCCGCGCGAGCUCAACCGCUCGCCACCGGCGCCGUCGCCUUUCUCCCCUCCUCGCCGCCACCGCCGCAUCACCUUUCGCGCCACUCCCCUCCGGUUCGUCUGAGAUCCAUUCGAGUUGCUCCAGGUGGGUAGUGAUGAUGGAUACGCCCCCCGCGGCCGCGGGAGGCAGCGGGGUGUCCCGCGCGGAGGCCGUGGAUUACUACGCUGCCACACUGGCCAGGGUUGUGGGAAGUGAGGAGGCACAGAUGCGCAUAUAUGAGGCUUCGUGGGAUGGGAGCUAUGAGUUCCGCUGCGAGAUCGACGAGGAAGCGUCAAGGGAGCUUGCAAAGAUGCCUGGAGUGUUGUCUGUUCGGCCGGAUAUGGGUGAUGGAUCAGAGAAGGAUAGUCCCAUCUCGAGUCUCUCAACAGCUAACGUUGUAAGCAUCAGCGACGGUGCUUCUAAUAACUCAUCUUCAAGUGGGAAAAAUGAGUUUUGGCUUGUCCGAAUGGAGAAGCCUGGAGUUGAAGUCGUGACAAAGGCACAAAUGGUGGACCUUUGUACCCAAAUCCUAAUGAAAGUGUUGGGGAAUGAAAAGGAUGCCCAAGUUAGCAUAUAUCACAUUUCAUGGGAGAGGGAUUAUGGUUUCUGCUGUCAUAUUGAUGAAGAGUGUGCAAAUGAGUUAGCUGACGUUCCUGGAGUGUUAUCUGUUCGACCAGAUACAAAUUUUGGAUCAGACAACAAAGAUUACAAAGGUGAUGAUAGCUUGAAAUCAUCAGAAGGGACUCAGGUGGCUGAUGUCAAAACUAAAAGGCUCUUUGUUACAGGGCUUUCGUUUUACACAUCUGAGAAAACUUUACGGGCAGCCUUUGAGCCUUUCGGUGAGCUGGUUGAAGUCAAGAUAAUAAUGGACAGGAUAUCGAAAAGAUCAAAAGGGUAUGCCUUCAUAGAAUACACUACUGAGGAAGCUGGAGGUGCUGCUCUGAAAGCAAUGAAUGGACAGAUAAUAAACGGCUGGAUGAUAGUUGUUGAUGUUGCUAAAACCAGAUCAAGAGAUCAUCAAUCUGGUCAACUAAAUCAAACAUUUCGACCAUCCUAUCAUACUAGAUGACUGUUUAAUGUACAAAACUAAACAGCUGUAGGUAGAGAUAAGCGGUUACUAGUUGGGCCAUGUACUUCAGUCUCCUGCUCUUGUGCUCAUUGCUGGAGGACGCUCCCAACAAAAAAAUAUGUAAAUGCAGCUAAAGUGCACAAGUACUAACAUGUACUAAAUCAAUUUAUUCGCUGAUACAGCA